AUAAGUAGUUUAAGUUUGGGUUUUUCUACACAGUUUGCAGUCCUUUCAUAAGUUCCUGUGUUUCAUUAUUACACAAUACUGUAAUUAUUGGCCCGCUGCCAGAAAAGGUCUGCGUAAAAGCACAACAUUUAUCCGCUCUGUGAUCAUUUCUGUAUGGUCUUAAGAAUGGCAAGUCUCUCAGAGUCCUUUUUUUGCCUGCUGGGGUUCUUGCUGAUGUUUUCUGUGCACACUGACUCAAAUCCCCCAAGACCGAUCAUCACUCAUCUGCAGGCUGUUAGUAAAAAGCAAAGGCUUUCAGUCAGCUGGCUGGUACACAGCACUAGUUUGCCGAGUCAAAUUUAUGAGCUCCAGAUCGGCCGCACUGAAAACUUCACCGUUAUUUACAGUACAAACGUGAGCGUGGUGGCUGUGGAUUCAGAUGAAUAUACGUGGACAUGGACUUCUGCUCUGCCUUUAGAGUGCGUGGAUCACUCAGUCAGGAUCCGACAUAUCUAUAAUCAGUCUCUCUCAAGUGCCUGGAGCCAGUGGAUAACCAGACAUGGUACCAAGGCAGAGAAAAAGACAUUGAUGUUUCCAUUCCAGCGCAUACUCAGGGAAGGCGCUAGAGUGCAGGUGUGCUGUGUGCCACCAGCAGGACUCCAUGUCAGCAGCAUGGCCUUUAGCAGCAUUAGAUACCCUCUAAUCAGCAUUGGAGACAGAGUCAAGGCUAUUACUGUGAACAAUCUGACGAUCCCAUCAUCAGAUAUUAAAGCUCGGUUAUUCAGCUGCAGUGUCACAAGAAGCAACCCUACUCACAUCUGGAACUACAUCAGUUUUCCACCCCAGAAGCCCAGAAACCUCAGCUGUGGUACUCCAGACAUGAUGACUGUCACAUGCGUUUGGGAUUCAGGCAGGAAAAGAGACCCAUAUGAUCACAACAAGCAAACGUAUACGCUCCGUGUAGACAACACUGAGCAGCCUCCAGUCAGAUGCCAGCAGUCGUCCUGUAGUUUCGCAGUUGUUCCAGAGUUGGAAGAGUACAGGAUCACCGUGGAGGUGAAGGACCAGCUGGGAGAGGAGAUGGAAAGCUACAGUUUUAGCAUCUCAGACAGAGUGUUUCCUGAUGUAGCGCUGGACGCAGUGACCCCGGGGGUCACCGACACCAUCGUGUCCUGGAUCAUACCAGGGAAUCUGACUCAGCAAGACCUCUUCUGUGAGAUAAUUACUGAACCACCCCGCGCCACCAUGGUGAGAUCAAUGUGUUUAUUUGUACACCAGGAUGGAGUUCAUUUUGAACCUUCUGUCUGUGUGCGUUUGCAGCAGCAAAGAUGCCAAAAUAUGAUCAAUGUGUGUAAAAUCAAAUUAGAGAAUCUGCUUCCCAGUACACACUACUCCACCACGGUGCGCUGUGCCAUAGUGGGCGGGCACUGGGGAGAGUGGACAGAACCUGCACUCUUCACAACCCAUCCUUUGGUGACUUUAGAUUUAUGGCGGAAGAUAAACCAGGUGUCAUACCCCUAUGUUCGCCAAGUUACAUUAAUGUGGACUCCGCAUGUCGCUGGCUCGGCAGUCACUGUAAACAUCCAGGGCUACACAGUUCAGUGGUUGCAGGGCAGCCGGAACUGGACCGAAAGGAAGAAUGGUGGACAGACACAGACAGACAUCUCUAUCGGCCCAGAACGGUAUGACUUUUUUGUCCAGGCUGUUAUCCACGCCGGCUCAUCUGUCCCUGCUCACAUCGUCAUCCCACAGGUGGGCGACACAGAAAAUCUGCCAGUACCAAAGUGGUUGAACACAAGCACAGCUGCUGGUUUUACUCUGUCCUGGGCUGAGCAGGACAAGGCCACCUGUGGUUACACAGUGGAGUGGUGCGCUCUGGGAAAUGCAGUGCCAUGUAUUCUACAAUGGAUGAAGGUUCCACAGGGGAAUAGCGCUUUGCGCCUACCUGCUCAAAACUUCAAAGCAGGAUGCCGGUACACAUUUAACAUCUACACAUGUUCAGAAAAUGUAUACAAACUGCUGGAGAUACAGACUGGCUACUCUCAGGAGCUCAGGACUGUGCCACCCGUGAAAAUGGUCCAACCUGUUCAUAGUACUUCAUCAUCUGUGACACUGCGGUGGAGUUUCAAUGAGCACGAUCCGGCACAUCCGGCAUUUAUCACUGGUUAUCUGGUUACAGUGCAUGAAGUGGCAUCUGAUAAAUUGUUAGAUCACACAGCAACUGUGCUCAGUGUGUUGGUGUCGGACCCUCAGAGGAACUCUGUGGUUGUCGAGGGUUUGCAGGAGAACCAAAAGUACACCAUCUCUCUGAGCGCUCUCACUAAGAAAGGUCCGGGCUCUGCGGUCACUGUCACCAUCACAACCAGAACGAACUACUCUGCUCUCUUGCCUAAAAUUCUGAUUCCCGUCCUGUUGCUACUGAGCUGCACCAUCCUUCUGUGGCAUCAAAGAAGAAUGCUGCAGAGUUUGCUGAAUGGGAUCUUUGCUUAUCCUACUGGUAUGAACAUCAAAAUUCCAGAACUGGACAGCUUCCUGCAUGAGAUGAGUGAGAGGCUGCAGUCUGAGAUGCUGGAUGAGUGUGUCAGCUCUAAUAUAGAAGUCCUCCAUGUCAGACCUACUUUAAACCAAAUGACACCAGCCUGCCCUCCUGCUCCUCAGUGCUCUGCUUCAGCUUGUCUGCCGCUCCACACAGAUUACUGUGCACAGUCAGCACUCUGGGAGAUGAGUGUUAUUAAUAAGAGUUACUUUCAGCCCACUGAGGAGGACGUCUACAGUGCAAACAAGUCGCAUUAAACAAAAUCAUCAGACUUGGAGCCUGUGAGCAUCUGGAUGAAUCGUACUGUGUUAUAAAUGCAUAAUGUCUUAUACUACUUGGCAAGGUGACGUCCGAGGAUAAACCCGGCAUGAAGAAAUGACAGCUGAAGUCUUAAGCACCACAGUGUUUCUGGGAAUGUUGUGUUUGACAUUUUCUUCCAUUAAUGUUAGUGAAAGUCCAAAUUGGAAGUUCUCAAAUGUUACUCACCCCCCCCCCCCCCAAUUCAAUUUAAGUUAAUAAAGUUAAGUUAAUAAAGUCUAUUAAAGAAAAGAAGGUCAUGGUUAGAGUGAUGGCACUGAUGUCACUGUGUCUAAAUUUGAGUUGUGUGGAUUUACCUCCUUA